CGUACUCUCACAUAACACACACACGCGCGCGCACACACACAAACGUACGAACAACACGCUCGCUGGCUCGUGUUCAUUCUCGUGGUCAGACUGCGCCGCGAGGAGCUGCUUUACUCCACAGCUGGAUUACACUUAGAUUUACUCUCACCAACAACAUCCUUCAGGUGCAUCCUCAUCGCAGCAGCAAUGGACGCUCUCACAUUCUGAGUUACAGAUUUGCUGGAGAUGGAAGUUGACACCCGCCAGAUUUACAGUCAGGAAGCAGCUCUUUGUAAAUUGACAGCACUGCAGCUGUGUUUCCCUCAGAUUAUCUGUGUGUGGUGAGCGCCCCCUGCUGAAGGCUGAGUGGCAUGAGCGCGUGCGGGAGGAAGGCUCUGACCCUGCUCAGCAGUGUGUUUGCGGUAUGCAGUCUGGGGCUGCUGGGUAUCGCCGUCAGCACUGACUACUGGCUCUACCUGGAGGAGGGUGUCAUCCUGCCUCUGAACCAGAGCGCUGACAUACGCAUGUCCAUCCACUCCGGCCUCUGGAGAGUCUGUUUUCUGGCAGGUGAGGAGAGAGGGCGUUGCUUCACCAUCGAGUAUGUGAUGCCCAUGAGCGUUCAGCUGACCAGUGAGUCUACUGUCAGUGUCCUGAAGAUGAUUCGUUCAGCCACACCGUUCCCCCUGGUCAGUUUGUUCUUUAUGUUCAUUGGUUUUGUGCUCAACAAUAUCGGACACAUUCGGCCCCAUCACACCAUACUGGCGUUUGUCUCUGGAAUCUUCUUCAUCCUGUCAGGUCUGUCUCUGGUGGUUGGUUUGGUGCUCUAUAUCUCCAGCAUAAAUGACGAGAUGUUCAGCAGGACCAAGAGUAAUGAGGCGUAUUUCAGCUAUAAGUACGGCUGGUCGUUUGCCUUCGCUGCCAUCUCCUUCCUGCUCACUGAGAGUGCAGGUGUGAUGUCCGUCUACCUGUUCAUGAAGCGUUACACAGCGGAGGAAAUCUACCAGCCUCACCCCAGCUUCUACCGGCCGCGCCUGAGCAACUGCUCCGAUUACUCGGGUCAGUACCUUCACCCCGACGCCUGGACGCGAGGACGCAGCCCAUCAGACAUCUCCAGCGACACCUCGCUCCAGAUGAACGCCAGCUACCCUGCCCUGCUCAAGUGCCCCGACUACGACCAGGUGUCCUCCUCUCCCUGCUGAAGUUCAGUGUCCAUCAGAACUGGGUUUGAAACAUAGAUGUGUGUCUUUGCCUUAUGAAAGAGAACAGACUGAUAGAAUGUAUGUCUGUAAUUUUCCUGUUCUGUAGUGAGCUAAUGACUUUGUCCCAGCAGGUGGCAGUAUAGUAUUCUUCUCUGGAGUGAUCCACACAACUGCUAAGAUGAAUAAUUAUUUAAGUUUAAAGUGCCCCUAUUAUGGAUUUUUGAAAAUUACCCUUCAUGCGAUGUGUAACACAGCUCUAAGAAAUCAUUGAAAAAGUCGUUUUUAAAACGAAUUCCAAGCUGUUUCAUGUUGACGUCAGUGUCUUUUCGCGUUAGGUUCUUUGCCACUAGGUUCUGCUUUUGGAGGGUAAAAAUAGUGGUUUCCUUGAAAACGCUGUAAACAAAGCAGCACUGCGCUCACAAACACUGCUUUAUCAGGCAUUACAGGCUCAUAAUGAAAUCUAUACUAAGAAAACAUUUACUAAAUAAAUGCAUGUUAUAAGACAAUGAAAGUGUUUUUGACCAUGCAUGCAUGUCAACCUGUUGUUGGGGACUCCCAAAACCAAAAUAUGGACCCUUCAUUACCCAUAUUAGGGGCACUUUAAUGUACAACUGGGUGUUGAUCAAUGUAAAUAUGUAUGGUGCUAAUACAAACAUGAAUUGUAGCCAUUAUGGAACAGUAGCCUUCAACUAGAUCAAUCUGCUUUUGAGAAUAGUAAAGAAUUAAUGCGUAUUAUACUAUGUAUUUAUGCAAUAUAAAAUCUAUUCAUAUCAAAUUGUAUACUUAUAGAGGUUGUUCUAAAAAAAAAAAAAAAACUAUUAGUAAAUAAGUGCAGAUGUUUUUAUAUGUAGCCAUAUAUUUAGAAAGAAAUUAACUCAUCAACAUAUACAAAGUAGGCCUAUAUAUAAUAGAAAAAAAAUACAAUUAUACCACAAAUAUUACAUAUUAUUACUCCACAUCUGAAAUGAAACACAUCAAAGUAGAAUAUUACCUGACAAUCUUUUAAAUAUUUGUGAUGGAAUUGUAAUAUUAUAGAGUUGUCCACAACUUACUUAAAAUUCAUUUCUUUUCUGCUAUAAAUAUAAAACCAAGCUAAUGGUGAACGUUCAACACUUGUUUUUUUUUUUUUUUUGGAUCAUCCAUGUUUGAUAAAACAUGGCAUAACACAGUAUAGUAUAGACAUAUAUUACAAAUGUUGCUUUUCUCUCUUUUUUGUAUCUGAAAAUGUAUCUGAAUUGUUGUUUCGUGUCUUUUUGUCAUAGCUAAUGUAUGAUGAUGCUUUCUACAUUAAUAUUUUGUAAGUGUCAGAAAGAUUGCAUUUACAGUGCAAUGGAUAUAAUCUAAACAUACUGCAAAACUUUCCUUGUUUUUCGUAAUCCCUGUUUCUUAAUUCUCCACUUACUAUAGACUUCUCAAAACCAA